AUGGCUCAGUUACAAAGAGACGACGCACAACAUCGAAAUUGUCAUGGAAACUCUUCCUCACAGCUCAGGGACGUACCUAUUCUCUUGUCAGAUGCCACUAUAGUUUGUGAUAUAUCUACCGGCACUAAUCGCCCGUUUGUUCCUCUCCAAUGCCGAAAAGCUUUAUUCGACCACUUACAUUCACUCUCUCACCCUGGAGUACGUGCCACCGUCAGACUCAUCAGCGAACGUUUCGUGUGGCCUAA